AAAAGCAUCACAGGAGCCUCUGGAUAAAGACCAGCCUCAGUAGCAAGGCUAGGAGAGAGGAUUUCUGCUCAGUGAUAAAACAUGAAACAAAUGUGAGGAAGCAGAAUGGAGCUCAAGAGAGGUAAAACCUUCAUAAAAUCCAGUGCGCAACAUGAGAGAGCACCAUCAGUGCAUAUGAUUCCUAUAAACAAAGAUGAUAUGGGAAAAGACAAAAAGACAGCUCCGGAGGGAAACCAGAGUGAAGCUGAAGUCCAACAGGCAUGUUUGGCCACACACAAGAACUACAGAUUUUCUAGCAGAGCAGCAAGGAAUGGGGCUGGUGAAAACAGCUUGGAAAAAUCAUCUGGCUCUUCCUACAAACUUGUAAGGAAGAGUAAAACCCAUGACUGUGUUACUGCGGCAGAUAAAACAGAGCAGUGCAGCUCCAGCAACAGAGCCUGUGAAGAAAGUUUCUCUGGAAAGGGAAGGGGGCGGCUUGUCAAUAGCAUCAGCUUUUCAGGGGUGUCCAAUUCCAGCAGCAAGAAGGAGUGCAUGGUCAGUCCCAGCCAGUCUGCCUGCAGCAGUCAGCAGAUGAUAGAUUACAGGAACUUUGUACCACAGAUGCCUUUUGUACCAGCUGUUGCAAAAACCAUUCCCAGGAAGAGGAUUUCCCUCAAGAGAUCUAAGAAAGGGCUCAGAGAUAUAUUUCAUAUAAAAAAGAAUAAACCAGACAGCCUCACAUUCUUGGCUGAGAAGGACAAGAAUCUGCCCUCUCCAGGCUGCAAGAGUGAGCUCUCUGGACGCCUUGCGAAGUACCUUUUCAAAACUGGAGAAACAUUUGCAGCUGACUGCUUGUCACAAGACUGCUCAGACAGUGAGCUGCAGUCUGACUCUUCCUAUGACUGCUGCAACACUCUGUGCGAAGAUGUUGCCUCGCUAAAGAGCUUUGACUCCCUCACUGGCUGUGGGGAAAUCUUUGCUGAUGAGAGCUCUGCUCACCUGGAACUGGAGAAUAGCAAAGAAAUUCUGCUGAGACGAGCCAAGCACAAAGAGAGCCCCAUCAUGGGCUCUUUCCAAGGGGGUGUGGAGCAGCUGGCCUCUCCUGGCCAGAAUGAGACAGUUGAAUUUGCAAAGUUUUGGGACAGCAUCAACAAGUCAGUGAGGUUACAUCAGAGUGCUCUAUUUGAUAAGAAGUCACUGAAGAUACCCAGUCCUGAUGUGGAAAAGGCUAAAAGCCAGGCUGAUACAUCUGUGCCAGACCCCCAAGUGUCACCUGAUAAAGAUGAUGACAAUUCCAAAGAAAGCUCCAUAGAAACAGGAACACCGAAAAGCGACAACCAGGAAUCCACAUCCACAAGUGAUGAAGGCUACUAUGAUUCAUUCUCUCCUGGACAGGAUGACGACAUGAAGGAAGCUCAGACCCCUGGCGUCCCCAGUAAAUUUCCAAGAGACAGCUACAGUGGGGAUGCUCUUUAUGAGCUCUUCUAUGACCCAAACGAAGUGAAAAUAAACCCAGUCCUAGAUGAUGACUUGUGCACAUCUGAAAGUGUUUCAGAACAAGCCAUUGAAAUCCCUCUGUCCAUUUACAGCUUUCAUGUUGGAGCUGAGGAAAACAUGGCUUCCCAACCAGCUGUAGACAUUAUCAGCCAGGGUUUUUUCCACAGCACAUGGAAAGGCAAAGAAUGUUUGCUAAAGCUCUGUGAUACUGAACUUUCACUGACUAUGGGGAUAAUAAACUGGCUGCGAAAACACUCAGGGCUUGUUUCCUCCCCAGACUCUCUUCACAGUCCUCAGUCACAGCCAGAAAAGUCUGAUGACACAGUAAGCUCUCCCAACCCCAGUUCAGACCAGAAGGCGAACACAGAAGCUCAGCAGGAGGAACAAAACACGAGAGAACCUAAGACAUGUAACCUACAGCUGUCUUUGGAUGAAAGCAAAGAGGCGACCCAGGUCUCUUCAGUAAAUGCUGCUGAAAGAGACUACAGCCUAGACCCUUGCCCUAAUACUUCUAAUUUGGAUAUCCAAGAAAGGGAAGGGAAUCACCACAAGGAUUCAUCCGCAAUGUCUGGGACUGUAGAAGCCACCAGAACAUCACCACAAUCACAGGCCAACAGAGAUAAUCUGCAGACAUCAUCAGCUGAGAAUGAGAAUAUGACAGUUUCAAAAGGAUGUGAGACCCCCCUAGAAAAAAAAACAUCAACAGAAAGUUUGAACAGGGAGACUGACUUCCAGAGCUCUGAAAACUCUUUAUUAAAUGAUAACCAUGAAGUAGAAUCAUGUUACUCCUACAAGACUGCUGCGACCUCACCCCCAGAUCCCCUGGACAGGGAGGACAGAAAUAAACCGAUGUAUCAUUCUCUGUCUAUACCCUGUGACAAGCCAUUGCAGCCUCUUACUCUGAAACACUUUCAGAGCUACAUCAGCCCCACUCCAAGGGAGGGCAGCACUAACAUAGUGCAGCUCUUAGAGCGCUGUGUAACCCAAGUGGCAUCCUUAAAAAUCAGCUAUGAAAACAAGCACUUGGAAGACAAAUGCAUUGGAAAUGAAAUGAACAAUAUCAUUUGUAAGAUGUCACAGUACCAAAACAAGUUAUUGUUGCAAAAUGAAUGCGACUGCAUUGCCCAAAAUUCAGACUACUCCAGUCUCCCUUACACAAACCAAUAUAAUUACGAAACAAGUCUCAGAGCCAACAGUAUGUAUCAUUUGAAGCAAAAUGGGGAGCAAAUUUGCUCUGAAGAUCAGAAAAGUAGGGCAAGAAUCCUGGAUGAGGUCUCUAGAAGCAAGAUAAAUUUUGAAUAUGCCCAGCUAAAUAAUCAAGCCCUCUCCUAUCUAAAAGACUUCACACUUGAUCUCAGUCCAAGUGAUUCUGCCUCUACUACAGCUCUUAGUAGGCCAGCGUUUUUACCUCUGUUUAAUUCUGUCUGUUCAGACAUACCAACUAACUUUUCACAAGCUUCAUACAGCACCAACAUCUCUCUGGCUAAAUCACUGCAGUCUAAGGAGGCCAAGCAAGGCAGCCCCGGGGUGUGGAGUUACACAGAGGCCCCCUGCAAAGGACUGGCUGGAGAGAGCGCUCCGUCCCCUCAUCCAGAGCCAGCAGCCCCAGACACAGCAGUGGCAGGGAGGAACCAUCAAUAACAUGCUCGCAUUGAGAAGGUGCAACACCGAAGAAUCCACUUGUAGAUAUGGAUGCUGCCCCCUCUUAUGUUCUACAGCAUGACAUACUGCCACAAUGUUACAUCGAUGCCAGACUCAACAAGGAUUUCCCUCUAGAGACCCUGCCAGAGGUGUCACAGUGGAAAAUCAUGCUAGUCUGUCUAACUGACUAAUAAGAUUUAGAGAUCAUGACAACUUCACACUCUUGAAACCCUGUUUGCAGACUAGUCGUAACUAACAUUCUUUUUUCUAAAAAAAUAUUUUUUUCAAUAAGAUUUUUUUUGAAUAAGAUUCAAUAAGAAAGUUGUGCCAUGACAAGAAGGUUUAACAAAAAGAGAUAGCAUAUUUCUGUCAUAUUGUGCCACCUGACAGCCGAAAAUGCCACUGUAUUUUUAAAACACAGGUAUGUGCAGAAUAAGCACUCACUUGGACAGUCAUUUUGAGGAGGUAAAAUUCUUUUCAAUUGCAUUAAUUUUUCUUGAAUUUUACAGAAAUGCUUUAUAUAUUUUAUUGCAACUGUUUAAUCAUCUUAAAGCAACAAGACUCUAGAGUACAGGUUGCAUUGGUAUGGCAAGAUUUACUGCCUGAGGAAAAGAAUUUUGUAAAUAUGCAAAUAAAAAUAUAAGGAAGCAUAAUAUAUUAUGCCCUAUAUUGUCCAAAGACAUGUAUUUAUCAUGUAGCAGAAAUGGUGAAUAGGAUAGAGAGGUGUACUUGAAAACUGCUUUCAAAAAGAUGUUAUUUGAUUCUGUUUUAAAGGAGAGAAAACAUAUUGCUUUUAUCCCAGACAGUGGCUGUGCAUAAUCUAAUAUAGAUCUUAUUUUCUAUUUUAGAAUCUAGUCUCAAAAUAGCAGGUAACCCAAUUUUCAUUUUUUAUAAAGGAGCGUUUAGAAUCGAUUUUACAGAACAGUCAUUAUUUUCAAACCAACUCUGAUCUGGUCUUGACUGUUUAAAACUCCGGAGGUAAAUCAAAAUUCUGCCCCAAAUCAUCAAAUGGUCCCAUCUGGCCUUAGUAUGUUUGAAGAGAUUGUAACAAUCUCCUGUUCUUGUAUCCUGCCUCAGACAGUAUUUAUCACAUGCUGUUUCAGGGCAAAGUGGAAGAAGGACCUACAAGGUUGGGGAAUGAAGCAAGGAAAAAUAAUUCCUUCCUAACUCGACAGUGAGUACACACCUUGAUACAGAAGAAGGCAUCCUCAGCUCCCACUUACUCCUAAAAUUCACUUAGGUAGGGUGGAGGAAUUAAUCUUAUUUGGCUUAGGCAUCUAGAUAACUGUCCACACCUUGCCUGUAGUCAACAGAAGAUGACAAAUAACUGCAGAGGUUGAUGAAUCACUUCACAAAAAUACUCUCUCUAUUGACAACAGAAGGCUCCUAGACAAAAGCCUUACAUUAGAUGCCUAACUUUUUGAUGUCUAAAGUUGGAUGACUUCUCCCCUAAAUAAUUCAGAAUGGUAAGAAUAUAUAACCAGACUACUUGACUGAUGUCUACAUUUUGCAAAUUUGGAGUUAUUGAAAAAAAACAUAAUGCAUCAAGACUAGGAUGCUGUAAAAUGAAAUCACAUACACUAGAUAUUAUAUGCACUUCGAUAUUACUCUACAAUUGCCUAUAAAAGAGGGUCUCUCUCCAGUGCUCCAAGACUGCCAAAACAAGUCACAUUCCAGAAUACAGUCUAUUUACCGGAGUAUCUCCCUAAACUAUAGAUUAGAGAUGCCCAGGGCCUUCUUCCAUGGCACAAAAAUAAGCCUCUGAGGACUGUUCAGAAUUGCCAUUUAGAAUAUGAAAGCUUGAAAUUCCAAGCAGUUCAUCAUACAGGCAUUCUUUCCUAAAACACUAAGAGACACAUUUUGGGCUAAUAAAAUAAUAAUAAAUAUAGGGUUUUACAUUCCAGUAACAAAAAGAGGCUGUACAAAAACUAGUUGUUCCUCACACAAGUGAUCCCUUUCCCUUUGGGAUUACUACAUUUAGCCUCUUCACCAUCUUCACUCAACUCUCUUUGUAAUAAUAGCAGCUGAGGCACAGAGCCUCAAGAGAGCACAGAGGCAGAAUUUGACCCAGUAACGCACUGCACAUCUCUUCCCUGGAUUUCAGGCUGAGAAAUCAACAGCAUGGAAAAAAAGAAAGGCAACAGAAGGAGAAAAGUCACUUUGCUCCUACACUGUACAGUUCCUCUACAACUCUCACACUGCUUUCCAAAGGAGACAGUAUUGCUUUUGCUGUUUUAUAGAGGCACAGAGCAACAAAUGAUUUGUCUGACAUUACUUAUCUUUUUAAUUGGUGUCUUCUUUCCCUUUCUGUUGCUUUUCUCCCUGUAAGUCCUAUUCAUCUGUCAGAUAUACUCAGCUCCUGCCACUGCUUACAUUAAAAGUACCCCGAUCUUUUCUCUGCCCUUCCUGCCCAGUGCAAAUAGCUUCCCCUCUGCAGGGCUUUCCUUCUGCUCUCCUCACUGACCUUAAAGCUGAACUCAGCAGCACUGUCUCUGCCAGGCCAGCAGUGCCCUUGUGAUACAAGUCACAGGGAACCAGUGCAGGCAGGGAAGUUGAACUUUUACUCUUCUUAUGUAGGUCCUGCAUUAACAUACGUGUCCCCCAGUUUCACAUGCACACUCUGCUCUCUCGGGAAGAGACAGAUUUACGAGCCACCUGCAGCAUUUGAGCUUAUGGAUGCAUUCAAUUCUAGCAGUAAGCGUGCUCUGAGAUUCAGAGGUCCUGGGUUCAACCCAUGCUGCCAAAAGAACAACUGGGGAUCUGUAUUACACACCACGGAAAAAAUGCCUGUGGGUAGUCUAUUCUAGUUCUCCCUAUGGAGUUGCAUGAAUGCCAGUGCAAUGUUGGGGGAAGCUCAAAAAUCUUCAGGGCUGAAUCAUUCUUCACUUGAACAGCUAAAGGAAAAUCUACCUUCUCAAGGUCAGAAUGAAUCAGGUGCUUACCAGGUCUGGCUGCAAACCGGUUCAGGGGAGGAUCUUUAAAUUCAUUAUAUUUCAUGAGCAGUGUUUCCUCAGUUAGGAAAGGAAGCUGCGCUGGUGAAAUUAACCCAUCUAAUGUGAAAGCUCAUUUCAUACAUGGUGUGUAGCUGUGAGAACAAGUUCCUACGGCUUGCUUUCAGCAUAACGUAUUAUCACUUCCCUCUGGUGUUCGAUGGCUUUUAAACUUUUAAAUGGAUAAUAUGUACACAGAAAAUUAAGAUAAAUGAUGAAAAUCUCUGCAUAGAUUUUUGUGGCUAUGAAAUUUCAGAUCAGUUUCUAUGAAACGGAUAAUAUACUUCUUGUCCUGCUUUUGCAAGAUGGAAGCAGUGACAAGCUGUGUGCAUAUAUAAGAUCAGAAUAAUGAUUAAAAUAAAGAACAACACCUUAUGUGCUAAAGACAACUUCCAAAGAGGAAAAGAAAAAUUUCCCCUCUCAUGGUUCACUACAGUGUGAACACAAAAAUGUUCUGAAAAGGAUUAUUUUAAAAAAGCUGUUGUCUGCUAAGGACAUCAAGCCCUGACAUUCCUUCUUUUAAUGUAGAAUUCACCAGAAUCUCAGAGGUGUUUUGGGAACUCCCAGCACAUAGACUGAAACUUCAAGUAUGAAGCAUCAGGUACCUGAGUACACUUAAUAAAACCCCACUUGCUGCUGCAAACGGAGAAAGCGCUCACCACCUUACAUAACUGGAGUGUAAUUAAUCCAAUACUAAUAAAAAUGGCAGGAAAAAAUGUAGGCAGAAAUAUCAGACAUAUAUACACUGUCAGGCAAGUGUUCCUUCUAAGAGCAGAGUAUUAAAAUGGGCUUUCGGCAUUCCACUCAAAUACAAUUGAUAUGAACUUAGCAAAAGUCAUAGAGUAAUAUUUUGCUUCAUGUACAGUGCUUCAUUGUUCUGAGUAGGUCAGAGUGUUUGGUGGCAAGAUAUUGUAAAUACUCAUGCUUUGCAGCAAAUGCACAGGAAGCACAGUAAAGCUGCAGUUAAACUGAAGGAUAUUUAAAAGAGAAAAAAUGUUACAUAUUCCAAUUUCUACUUAAUGAAAGGGAAACAGACCAGUGGUACUUUUGGAGGGGAAAAUAUACAUACUCAGUGUGCAUGUAUAUGCACCUAAAAAGAGGGCUCUUGCAAUCUUACUGAGUUCAAGAAUGGGGAGGAAAUCUGAACCAUGUACUGUUUAAAAAUCUGAGUAGCAGAUUAACAAAAUUUUCAGUACAUAUGAUUUAUGUAAUUAAGAUACAUGCAUUUAUAUGCUAUGUUUAACAUAUUUUGUUAACUAUUUUUCAUAUAAGUCAUAUCUGAUGUAUAUAUGCUUUAUGUAUUAUAUUUUAGUUACCAUAUUCUACAUUGCAUAUUAAAGUCAUUUGGAUUCUA